AAAACAGACGUCAGAAGUGGCUGAUCUAAAUUUUCGAUCACCGAACAGCAUUGAGAAUAUUAUAAUACAAAAAAAGUUUUAUACAGAUAGAAUACAAAAUGCUUAUUCAGCAUAUUCUUCGAGCUUUGCUGGUGUUCGUGACCAUUGCUUGGGUUCUCAGUAAUGCCCACCCACUGGAAGAGUCCUACAAUGAAUUUUCCAACCUAAUGCUCGAUGAAUCCGAGGGAGGUUGCCAGGGAAGCGGCUGCCAGAUCAAUAUGUCUGGCGGCGGUAAACAGAAGGCGAGCAACAUAGCGCAGAAGGCUGCACAGGAAGCUAAAGAUGCCUCUGAUGCCCAGGUGUCGGCCGCCGAGGCUGCUGCUCGACAUGUGAAGCAACAAUUGGCGGACAAGGCCUUCGCUGCGGCCAACGCUGCAGAGGCUGCUCUUGCUGGGAAACAGCAAAUCGUCGAUCAGCUGGAAUCAGAGGUCCAUGAGGCUGAGGUGGUCGUCCAGGAAGAGGCCGCCGCACUGCAGACCACCCAGAGCACGGCAGCGUCUGCCGCCCAGACCGCGGAUAUGGCUGGCACCCAAGUCAAGACACUCACCGAUGCCGUGAAGAAUGCCCAUGCGAAUGUGGCCAACUCGGAGCUGGUGUCCAAUGGCGCUCAGCAGGAGCUGUCCGAGAAGCAGCAGCUGGUCGAAGCGGCCAAGAAGCGCGUGGAGCUGCUGUUUAAGCAGCUGGAGUGUGCCAAGAAGGACUUCAAGAACACCAAAAAGCUGGCCGAGAAGGCAUCCUGCGCUGCCCAGGAGGCCAGACAACGUGCCUCGCGGGAGCGUCGCCGUGUGGAACUGCGCGACAAGUUAAUGCGACGCUAUAGACGCGGUCACUAAGAUGGACAAUUAGUGUGUUUAUUUUUGUAUUAAAUUAUUGUUUGCUUCCGA